AAGGACAGCAGACAACAGUGCAUCUGCGCCGCGAACCGCCGCUCCAGUCCAAUCGAUGGACGAACCACGCCUCCCAUGAUCCCGCCGCCGCCCACCUCCUCCCCCUCCUCCUCCUACGCCGCGGCAAUGGCGGUCGCCUCCCGCCACCACCUCCUCCCCGUCCUGGUCCUCCUCGCCGCGGCGGCCGGGGCGGCCGCGGCCGCCACCGUGAGCGACGACGUGCUCGCGCUGGUCGUCCUCAAGUCGGGCCUCUCCGACCCGGCGGGCCGCCUCGGGCCCUGGUCCGAGGACGCCGACCGCGCCUGCACCUGGCCGGGGGUCUCCUGCGACCCGCGCACGGGCCGCGUCGCCGCGCUCGAGCUCCCCGCGGCGUCGCUCGCCGGCCGCCUCCCGCGGUCCGCGCUUCUCCGCCUCGACGCGCUCCUCUCGCUCGAGCUCCCAGGGAACCGCCUCUCCGGCCCGCUCCCCGACGCGCUGCCCCCGCGCCUCCGCGCGCUCGACCUCUCGGGGAACGCGAUCUCGGGCGGCAUCCCCGCCUCGCUCGCGUCCUGCGAGUCGCUCGUGUCGCUCAACCUCUCCCGCAACCAACUCACCGGCCCCAUCCCCGACGGCAUCUGGUCGCUGCCGUCGCUCAGGUCGGUGGACCUCUCCGGGAACCUGCUCUCCGGAAGCGUGCCCGGCGGGUUCCCGCGGAGCAGCUCGCUGCGGGCGGUGGACCUCAGCCACAACCUCCUCGAAGGGGAGAUACCGGCGGACGUCGGCGAGGCCGGCCUGCUUAAGUCGCUUGACUUCGGGCACAACUCGCUCACCGGCGGGCUGCCGGAGUCACUGCGUGGGCUGUCCGGGCUGAGUUCUCUCGGCGCCGGUGGCAAUGCUCUAUCAGGGGAGCUCCCGGCGUGGAUUGGGGAGAUGGCGGCGCUGGAGAGGCUGGAUUUGUCUGGCAACCGCUUCGUCGGCGACACCCCGGACGCCAUUUCGGGCUGCAAGAACCUGGUUGAGGUUGACCUCAGCCGGAACAAACUCACCGGAGAGCUCCCGUGGUGGGUGUUCGGGCUGGCACUGCAGCGCGCCUCGUUCGCUGGCAAUGCACUGUCAGGGUGGAUCAAGGUUCCCAGUGAUGCUGCCGCUGCUCUGGCAGCACUGGACCUGUCAAGCAAUGGGUUCACCGGUGCGAUCCCACCUGAGAUUGCCACCUUUGCAAGAUUGCAGUACCUGAACGUGUCCUCGAAUUCCAUGUCGGGGCACCUUCCUGCAAGCAUUGGACGGAUGUUGCUGCUUGAGGUGUUGGAUGUGAGUGCGAACAAGUUGGACGGGGCUGUACCACCGGAGAUUGGAAGUGCGGUGGCGCUCCGGAAGCUGCUGAUGGGGAGGAAUUCACUUACUGGAGGCAUUCCGGUGCAGAUCGGCACAUGCAAUUCCCUGAUAGCUUUGGAUCUAUCUCACAACAAACUUACAGGGCCAGUUCCUAUAUCCAUGGGCAACCUGACUAGUCUUCAAACGGUUGAUCUCUCAGAGAACAUGCUGAAUGGGACCCUGCCGACAGAACUCUCUGACCUUGCCAGCCUUCGUGUCUUCAAUGUCUCUCACAAUUUGCUAUCAGGGAGCCUCCCCAUCAGCCGCUUUUUUGACAGCAUCCCUUAUUCUUUCAUCUCCGACAAUGCCGGCCUUUGCAGUUCACAGAAGAACAGUUCCUGCAAUGGUGUAAUGCCAAAGCCAAUUGUUUUCAACCCUAACUCCUCAUCAGACCCCUUGUCGGAUGCUGCCCCAAGUUACCUGAGUAACCAGCACCAGAAGAAGAUGAUAUUGAGCAUUUCCACACUCAUCGCCAUUGUGGGCGGAGCAGUCAUUGUCAUCGGUGUGGUCACCAUCACAGUGCUCAACCUCCGUGCCCGUGCAACAGCUCCCCGCUCUGCGCUUCCCACUGCAUUGUCGGAUGAUUACCAUAGCCAAUCAGCUGAAUCUCCAGAAAAUGAAGCAAAGUCUGGCAAGCUUGUCAUGUUCGGCAGAGGCAGCUCAGAUUUCAGUGCCGAUGGGCAUGCGUUGCUGAAUAAGGAUUGUGAGCUUGGGCGUGGAGGCUUUGGUACUGUUUAUAAGGCAGUGCUCAGAGAUGGCCAGCCAGUGGCCAUCAAGAAGCUGACAGUUUCAAGUUUGGUCAAGUCAGAGGACGACUUCAAGCAGCAUGUCAAGCUUCUAGGCAAGGUGCGCCACCAUAACAUUGUUACCCUCAGAGGCUUCUACUGGACUUCCUCACUGCAACUCCUUAUAUAUGAGUUCAUGCCUGCUGGGAGCUUGCACCAGCACCUGCAUGAGUGCUCAGAAGAGAGCUCGCUUUCAUGGAUGGAGAGGUUUGACAUAAUCAUCGGUGUGGCCCGCGCACUUGUUUACUUGCACCGCCAUGGUAUAAUCCACUUCAACCUGAAGUCCAGUAAUGUCCUGCUAGACACAAAUGGUGAGCCGAGGGUUGGAGACUACGGUCUUGUGAACCUGCUGCCCAUGCUGGACCGCUACGUGCUGAGCAGCAAGAUCCAGAGCGCGCUGGGGUACAUGGCUCCAGAGUUCACCUGCAGAACGGUCAAGGUCACAGAGAAGUGCGAUGUGUACAGCUUUGGAGUGCUGAUCCUUGAGAUUCUGACAGGCAGGAGGCCCAUCGAGUACUUGGAAGACGACGUCAUUGUGCUUUCUGACCUGGUCAGAGGCGCGGUCGAAGAAGACAGGCUGGAGGACUGCAUGGAUCCGCGGCUAUCAGGUGACUUCUCGAUGGAUGAGGCCACGCUGAUCAUCAAGCUGGGGUUGGUUUGCACGUCGCAGGUGCCUUCCCAACGGCCGGACAUUGCUGAGGUGGUCAGUAUGCUUGAGAUGGUGAGGAGCCCGCAGGGUACCCCAGAGGAUGAUCUGGUCUGAGACCUAUUUCUUCUUCAUUCGUUUUUUGGGUAGAUACAUGAUGGGAAAGUAAGUUAGGACGUGGCUAGUCAGCUUAGCUUGUUUGCAAUAUUUAGGGAUGUAAAGCUGCUGCUUCUAUUCAGACUUAAAUUAUUGGUCCCUUUGCGCUCAA